AUGGAUGAAGUAAACUUACACAAAAUUGGAUUAAGGAGAUAUUUUAAAGCCUUUAAAAUUACAAGGAAGGUCUACUUUAGAAAGCUGAUACUAGCUAUAGGACUUACAGCCAUUUUCAUGGUAUGGACAAAAGUCAACCUGUGGAAAAAUGCAAAUUUAGGGAACAUGCAAGACAAAGAGCAAUAUAACCCACAACGGCAUAACAUGAGAGGAUCUGGAUACAUAACAAAACCAAAUAUCCUAUUAAUUGUUGCUGAUGAUCUUGGGUAUAAUGAUGUUGGAUAUCACGGAUCGGAAAUUAAAACACCAUAUAUAGAUAAUCUUGCUCUAUCGGGGAUAAGACUGGAAAACUACUAUGUUCAGCCCAUAUGCACACCGACACGUGGUCAACUUCUCACUGGGAGAUAUCAGAUUUACACAGGUCUGAACUGGGUUUUACGCCCAGCAACCCCAUCAGGCUUAUCUCUGGACAACCCAACAAUUGCAGAAAAACUGAGGAACUCGGGGUACACUACACACAUGGUAGGAAAAUGGCAUGUAGGUUUCUCCAAGCCAGAAUACUUACCAACCAAACGCGGGUUUGAUAGUUUCUUUGGGUUUCUCACUGGCCAUUCUGACUACUAUACCCACAUCACAAACCAAUUUGGGAGACAUUUCAUGAGUGGAUUCGAUCUUCUAGAGAAUGAUCAACCGGCGAACAUGUCAAAAUACAUUGGCUAUUACUCAACCAAUUUAUUUGCUGAUAAAGUAAAAAGCAUAGUGCGACAACAUUAUGUUGACAAGCCAUGGUUCAUCUACUUAUCUUUUCAAGCUGUGCAUUCACCUUUACAAGUCCCAGAGGCAUAUGUUAAGCUGAACCACCACAUAGUUGACUCAAGAAGACGGCUAUAUGCAGGCAUGGUAUCAUGUAUGGAUGAAGCGAUAGGAGGCAUAGUAGGAACAUUGAAACAACAUAACCAAUGGGAAAACACGUUGCUUAUAUUCACAACUGACAAUGGCGCUAAUCCAAAAGCCGGAGGCAGUAAUUGGCCCUUACGCGGAAAUAAAGGAUCCGUAUGGGAAGGAGGCAUACGUGCAGUAGGAUUUGUGAACAGCUUUUUCUUUGACCAGAAAAGAAGAGGGUCUGUAACAAAUGAACUAAUGCAUGUCACAGACUGGUUCCCUACAUUGAUAAAUGUUGCUGAUAGUAAUCUGAAAAGUACGCAGUAUUUAGACGGACAUGAUCAGUGGAAAACUAUAAGGUAUGGUAUUCCAAGCACAAGGAAAGAGAUACUCCAUGGUAUUGAAACAGUUGACAAAACUUCAAAUAGAGCAGUGUUUGAAACAAUAUUCAAUACGUCUAGAACAGCUUCUCUUAGACUGGGUAUUUGGAAAAUUCUAACAGGUUUGCAGG